CGCCGCCUCACACUCAGUUUCUCCCUCUUUCAGACUCUCACCCUCUUCUUCGUCUCUCAAACCCUAAAAGUAAAAUCCUUUUUUAUUUUAUUUUUUAUUUCGUCAUCUUCUUCCGAAAUCUCUUUCAUAUGUUGAGGAUUUGAAGUUUGAAGCUCGAGCUUCGAACUGCUGAGUGCUGUUUUGUUCUGCUGUGAGAGAGGCAAAAAAGAAGAGGGCACGGAGGCAUUUACAAGAAGAAACAAAGUGAAAGGUGCGACUACAUUUUGGUAACGUACUUUUAACAGCCGGCAAGGAGAGAGAUCGUCUAUGAUACGUUGAGACUGUAAUUUAAUUUGGUAAAAGGGAGAUCCAUAUGGCUGGUUUUUUGUCUGGUGAUGCCUCCCAUCAUGGAACAUAUGAAGGUGGUUCCCACAAACAUGCUCAGGAUAAGCCAGAGGAUGGUGCUCGCUGGUACUUUUCAAGGAAGGAAAUUGAAGAGAACUCCCCGUCAAGGCGUGAUGGAGUUGACUUGAAGAAAGAGACUUAUCUACGCAAGUCAUACUGUACGUUUCUCCAAGAUUUAGGGAUGAGACUGAAAGUACCCCAAGUAACAAUUGCAACGGCCAUAAUUUUCUGUCAUCGAUUCUUCCUUCGUCAAUCCCAUGCUAAGAAUGAUAGGAGGACCAUUGCAACAGUGUGUAUGUUUCUUGCUGGGAAGGUUGAAGAAACCCCCCGCCCCUUAAAAGAUGUUAUUCUAGUCUCAUAUGAAAUCAUUCAUAAAAAGGACCCCACAGCAGUACAGAGGAUUAAACAAAAGGAAGUAUAUGAACAGCAGAAAGAAUUAAUUUUACUUGGAGAGAGAGUUGUCCUUGCAACUCUUGGUUUUGAUCUCAACGUGCAGCAUCCAUAUAAACCCCUUGUUGAGGCAAUAAAGAAGUUCAAAGUAGCUCAAAAUGCACUUGCUCAAGUUGCCUGGAAUUUUGUCAAUGAUGGACUCCGGACAUCUCUUUGCUUGCAAUUUAAACCUCAUCACAUCGCUGCUGGUGCCAUUUUUCUUGCUGCCAAGUUCCUCAAAGUAAAGCUUCCAUCCGAUGGUGAGAAGGUUUGGUGGCAGGAGUUUGAUGUCACCCCUCGCCAAUUGGAAGAAGUAAGCAAUCAAAUGUUGGAACUGUAUGAACAAAAUCGAGUGCCACUAUCCAGUGACGUUGAAGGAAGUGCUGCGAGUGGUGUCACCCAUCGGGCCCCUGCAAAAUCUACUACUAGCAACGAAGAACAUGUGACAACCAAUAGUCAUUCGCAGGCUGGAAGCACAAAGCCUGGAGCCUCAAAGCCAGCGUCAUCUAGACCAGCAUCUGAGUUGACGCAUGCUGACCAUCAUGGUGGGCCUCCAAGAACAACAGAAUGCCGAAGUAAUGACCAUGGGAACACAGAAAUGAAAAAUUCUGACCACAAAGUGGAUGUUGAAUUCAGAGACAAUCAUCACACUGAGCCAGAGCAGCUGCCACACCAUGAGAAGGCGGGGGAAGGUCAAAACACAUUAUGGCAUUUGUCAGAUUUAGCUGGUGAAGAGGAUCAACAAAAUAAUGUGGGGAGAAGUGAAACAAGAGAAGCUGGGGAAUUGAAGGACAAACAUCAUGGCCGAAAUCUCGAAAACAGACAGAGUGCACUUGGUCGGUCACCUCAGGAAGCAAUAAAGAAGAUCGACAGAGAUAAAGUAAAGGCCGCGCUGGAGAAACGAAGGAAGUCAAUUGGUGAUGUGACUCGGAAAACAGACUUGAUGGACGAGGAUGAUCUCAUUGAGAGGGAAUUGGAAGAUGGCAUUGAGUUGGCUGCUGGGAAUGAGAAGAACAAGCGAGACCGGAGGCAAAGCUGGUCUAAGCCCUCUAGACCAGAAAACGACGAUUUGCAUCAGGGAAAACAUCAAGACACUUCUGGAGACGAGCCUUAUCAGAAAAAGGGCCAGACGUCUGGACCGGAUUUGAACAAUGUGGAAGAAGGCGAGUUAUCAGUACUCAAUGACGCGAGUUAUCAAUCGCCAAAAUCCAGCAGCCGCAAGAGAAAGGCAGGAAGCCCACCAGCAAACCCAAUGGAGGGAAAGCAGCGGCAUGACUACGCACCUGGGGUCAACCACCAUGAUCGGUUUGCAUAAUGUUUAAUGGGUAUUAUAUUUUUUCACUUACCCUCUGUUGAACAGUAUGACUGAAUUUUGAGAGCAGCCAGUAAUUCCAACAUUGGACAAGCAAUCAUUAUAUAAUUUAAUAUGUUGUACGUUUUUUUUUUUUUUUUUUCUCUCUGCUAAUCUGCUCCUUACUGUUUAUUAACAUGUAUGUCCAAGUUCAAAUGGUCCCCUUU